AUGAACAUUUUCAAUAGUCCCCGGCCUCCUAAAUGGUCUGCCUCCCUCUGCGACUUUGGAGACAUUGGCACUUGCUGCAUAACAUGCUGGCUCCCAUGCAUCACCUUCGGCCAAAUUGCAGAAAUUGUGGAUCAAGGACAGAGCUCUUGCAUUAAACAAGGUUGUGUAUACGGCCUGUUGAUGUUGUGUUCAUGUCACUGCCUGCUCUCCUGUGUGUAUAGAGAGAAAUUGCGAGCCAAAUUCGGAUUGCCUCCAGAGCCUUGCAACGACUGCUGUGUUCAUUUUUGCUGUGAGGCAUGUGCUCUUUGCCAAGAGCAUGCAGAGCUCAAAAAUAGAGGCUUUGAUCCAUCCAGAGGUUGGAUUGGACCCCCUAAUGCUCCACCUCCAAGCAGGCCUCCUACCAUGCGGCGAUGA